AUGAGUGCUGGGCGUUCUCGUUCUAUUAAAGAGUUUUUUAAAUGCAAAGAAUUAGAAAGUCAACAGGAGGAUGAUAACCCAUUUCUUUCCGCGUCUUCUGAUGAAGAAACCGAACGUAGAGACCUUAGCGAUUCGGCAAACCAAGGUAGGUGCUUUUACGUUUUUAAUUUAUAGUAUACGGGUAGUAUAGUAUAUUUAUGACUUUAGCUAGCGACUCAACAUAUUGCCUAUUCUGUUUUAUAAGCCAGUAAAUCGCUAAAUCCUAAAGUGAAGAAUAUGUUAAAAUAUCUAAGUUAUAUAUUUUACUUUAUACUUAUACUGCAGACGAAAGUUUUGGUGACGAACACCAACCAAUAACAGUCUUGGAUAAAAAUAUUAAUGAUCAUCAGGUAUAUUUAUAAUUUCUAUAUGAACACUAUAAUCUAUAUAUAAAGUUUAUCAGUACUAUAAAGACUGUAUAUACAGGUUAAGUAUUUCAAACAUAACUUAUAUUGUACUGGAUUUUACGUAUUACUGCUAGGUUUCAAACUUAAUGUCAGCUAAUCAUGCACAUACGAAAUUCAUUUUCCAGGGUAGUGCUAAAUGCAAAAAUAUAUGUUGUGCUGAAGACUCAAGUGAACCUUUUCAACCACGUUCUAAAACUAUCCUGGAAAAAACAUCUCAAGCUUCUGGUGUUGAAAAAAAUUUUCGGGUUAAGACAUUUCAAGUUGUUUGGUAUAAUAAUUAUUCUUGGAUUACAUUAUGUGGCACAAGCUAUUUAGUCUUCUGCCACUACUGCCGAAAAGCUAAGCAAAAAGGAUUUUGACAUUCAGUUCAAAACAAGAAAAAGCCUUCACUCUGGAUGGUUUUGGUAAUUGGAAGAAAGCUCUUCAGCGGUUUAAAGAACAUGAGAGUAGCCAAUGUCAUAAGGAAAGCAUGGAGAAAAUUAUCCUAAUGCAUCAACCUUCAGUUGCUAGUAAGUUAGCAACUGAACUUGAAAAUUCUCAAGCAUUGCACCGCACAUUGUUGAAAAAAGAGAUAUCUUCCAUUAAAUAUCUUCUCAGACAAGGAAUGCCUUUACGAGGUAAGAGACAAGAAGGCUGUUAUUGAUUAUUUGAUUUGGAGAUAUUGAACAACUACUUUUAAGAGCUGCCAAUGGAAAUCACUUUGUCAUUAAAGAAACGAUUUCUGACAUUUACGCGAACGAUCUUGACUUGGUUCGUCUGGAGUUACAUUUGAAGAUGCUGCCCGAUCUGGUUAAAUGUUCGAAUUCUGCAGUGCCAAUAAAGGAGGUCACCAAACUUGAAACCCUGUGCAGUUUAAUUGCUGAAAAUCCCAACAACCGUAAAUUGUUUUCCGAGGUUGACAAGCUGCUUAGGCUAUUCCUUACAGUUCCAGCAACUAGCGCAACGGCGGAAC